AUGGUUGGUUUAAACGAAAUGUCGGCCAAUUCGCCGAAACAACGGACUCAGCGCCAAUUUCGAUACGUUAAUAUGAAUACGGUUGAAUUUGCGAUACCACUGGACACAGUUGAUGAAAAUUCGCAGAUUGAAUACUUGGGCGGUGGAUCUUUUGGCAACGUCGUGAAAGUGACAGAUUUUAUUUGUGGUCCAAGUGGUCGGCUUUGUGUAGCAAUCAAGAAGCUAUAUGAUCCGUUUCGUGAUAUCAAAUCUACAAUGCGUGUAUAUAGGGAAGUUCGAUUACUACAGAUGAUGAUGCAUGAAAAUGUUGUGAAGCUAAUCGAUCUUUAUACUCCCGAUUUAUCCGCCAAUACUCUCCAAAAUCUGUAUAUUGUUACACAAUAUGCUGGUAAUAGUUUGUAUGAAAUCUUAAAACGCCAGCGUGAACGGAAUGUUACAUAUCUGACUGAUGAUCAUCAUAAGUUUAUUAUAUAUCAACUCUUGAGAGCAUUAAAAUAUAUACAUUCUGCAAAUGUAAUGCAUCGUGAUUUAAAGCCUGGUAAUCUUGCCUUAACGGAUGAUUGUGACUUAACAGUAUUAGAUUUCGGCUUAGCUCGUUCACUGAAUGAUGACGAUGCUCCACUUUCUGCAUAUGUGAUGACUCGCUGGUAUCGCAGUCCCGAAGUGAUUUACUGGAAAAUUGAUUCAUACGAUACACAAGCUGAUAUGUGGUCAGUUGGUUGUAUUCUUGCUGAAUUAAGCCUUGGUCGACCUUUAUUUCCAGGCGAAGACUCAAUCGCUCAAUACCGACUAAUCGCCGAACUAUGUGGAAGUGUUUAUAAGCGAAAAAAUUUUUCUGAGUAUUUUCCCAGCUCAUUUUCUCCUGAUCUCAUUGAUUUUUUGGAUAAAAUUCUCGUUUUAGAUCCUGAAAAGAGGAUGACGGUAGUGCAAGCGCUUGCCCACAGUUAUUUAGCGGAAUAUUCGAUGCCCGAAGAUGAACCAGUUGCAAAUGGUCCAUUUAUAAUAAAUGAUGAUCAUCUACCAAAACGUACUCUUGCUCAGUGGAAAGAAGCGCUUUGGAAAGAGAUAGAGAAAUUCAGCCGUUAA